AUCAUCUCCGUCUUUCGCCUUGUCCGCCGGUCUGACUCACCAGCUCCUAGCACCACGACACUCAGUAAAGCAACUGGUAGCGGGCAGUCAAGACGUGAAACGAAAGGCUUCUGUCAUAUUGUUGCAGAUCUCAAGAUGGAAUCCUUUGUGUGGAUUAUUGUGUCAGCGCUGAGUAUCUUCCAUGUCGCAUUGGCCCAUGAAGGUCAUGACCACAGACAUCAUCAGACACAAAAUCUGUCCUCGGAUCAGCGAUUACCCAUAACCAUUUACUACGAAUCGCUUUGCCCUGACAGUACCAGGUUCUUCAAGGAACAACUUGAGCCUGCGCACAAGAGCCUUGGACAGUACAUAAACAUCGAGUUUGUUCCUUAUGGCAAAGCCAACCAGUGGUACAGCGGUGAUUCGUACCAAUUUGAGUGUCAACACGGGCCAACAGAGUGUUACGGGAACAUUGUUCAGGCAUGUGCCGUAAACGUGUAUCACGAUGAAAUUAACCAGUUCAAUUAUUUAACGUGUCUCAUGACAACCGUGGACCUCAGGAACGUCACCAAUGCGACGUAUCCCGUGGAAGAAUGUGCAGUUGGUCUGGAUGUUGACAAUUUAAAGAGAUGCAUCGAUGGACCUGAAGGUCUGAGAUUCUUGUCAAUUAUGGGGAACAAGACUACUGAGUUGAAUCCAAAACUGCAGAGUGUUCCAGCUAUCGCUGUGAAUACGUCGUUCAGCUAUGAAGAGCAAGACGAAGCGGUGAACAACUUAAAAUCUUUAAUUUGCACUCGCCUCAAGGCCGCAAAUACAGUUCCUGAAGAAUGUACCUCCAGUGCAAUAACUGCAGCAUCAAGCAUCCUACUCGUAGCGCUCGCGUCACUUUUCAUCACCACUGCUGCCUCUUAAUUUUAUGCACGCAUCAUGCAUUAGGAUGUAGCACAAUGUAGAUUUGUUGGGACUGUAUGAAAGAAAUAUUAAAUAUAAGUAAAUUAAUGAUAAAUGAUGAAAUAAUAUAACUGUUUGCAUUUAUUUUCAUGUUUUACGUAAUUGUGAUUAUCAUUAUUUUGAAAUUAAAUUCUUCAGUAUAUCAUACAGAUUGCAUAUAUAUUAUACAGUUUCAUUUCAGUCAUUAUUUUGUCACUGUGAAAUGAUGCUGACUAUAAAAUAGUGUUAUUCCACAUAUUAGGAGAUAGAUAGAUAUAAAAACAUUAAAUUGUAUAAUUGUUACAAAGAAAUACCAUGUUCACUUUUUGCAUCAAAAUAAACAAAAGAAUUUCAUUGUGCAUUUUCUACAAAGAAAUUGAUGAGAUGCUCUGAAGAAAAAAAUUAUGAUGGAUUUAUAAACAUCAUGAAUGUUGAUCAGAUUAGUCAUUUGUAUGUCAUGUUCCAGGAUGAUGAAAUGUGAUGACUUCAAUCACUGAAAGAGGUACCAACUUCACUGUACCUAUUGCAGCAGUUUUUUUUUUGUUUUACCUCAUCUGACUGAAGGGAUAUUUUUUUAUUACUGUGGCAAGAGUGUAGAUAAUGAAGUUAGCUCACUGUAAGGCAAUAUAAAGUACAAAACUGAAUGUAAAGAAUAACUUCUUUAAACUUCAUAUUUUUGCAUCAGUUUUCCAGAUUUUUUCUGGGUAAAAUCCUCAACUUAAAUGUUCAAGCAAAGCUUUUAUGUAACAGCUUUCUUUGAAGUCUUAAGCACUAUUUACUUGCAUUUCAAAAGUUCAGUAAUAUUAGUUUCAAUUUGUAAUUCUGAUAACUACUGCUGCUUAAAGUUAUUACACAUGUGGAGGUGUAAUUUUGCUUGUGAUUAGUAUAUAAUACAAUUAACUAACAGUUAUAUGAAAAUGUAAUUUAUUUUGGUUUUAAAUGUUUUAAUUAUUUAAAGCAAUUUUGUGUUAAGGAUUUAAACAAAGAUCUUUAAUUUUUGAAAAUCGUACUGAAGUACAGUGUUUAUCCACAUGCUUAUUCAGGACUUCUGUGAACUCUCGGUGCCAGAUUCAGAAGGUAAAACAUCCCUCUGGGCCAAAGUUGGACUGGGUUUGAAUUGUCUUCUGUACCAUACGUUAAACUACAUGUUUGUUCAUCAAUCUUGAAUAUUCCUUUAGUUGUAUGUAUAUUGUAAGUGUUAUUAACAAUUAAAAUAUAAUUACUGAAA